GUAAGGCCAUGCAAAUGUGCCAAGCUUUUUGUUGGGGAUGGGGCAGUGGCCUUUGGAUUCAUUGAGUAUGGUCUGGCCAGGGAUGAGUGUGGAUGGGCAAGGUGGGGCUGGGGGUUUCCCAGAAAGCCCCUUGGCACAUGUCAGUGGUUAGGUAGCUGGCCACUGGCGUGUCUGUGUGUCCUAACACCGCCACUGCCCCGUCACCCCCACAGGCCACGCCAAGGAUGCGCUGCAUCUCGCACAGAUGCAGGAGCAGACGCUGCAGCUGGAGCAGCAGUCCAAGCUCAAGGAGUACGAGGCUGCCGUGGAGCAGCUGAAGAGCGAGCAGAUCCGCGUGCAGGCCGAGGAGCGGAGGAAGACCCUGAGCGAGGAGACGCGGCAGCACCAGGCUAGGGCCCAGUACCAGGACCAGCUGGCCCGGCAGCGCUACGAGGACCAGCUCAGGCAGCAGCAACAUCUCAAUGAGGAGAACUUAAGAAAGCAGGAGGAAUCUGUGCAGAAGCAGGAGGCCAUGCGGCGCGCCACCGUGGAGCGGGAGAUGGAGCUUCGGCACAAGAACGAGAUGCUGCGCGUGGAGGCCGAGGCCCGAGCGCGGGCCAAGGCUGAGCGGGAGAACGCCGACAUCGUCCGAGAGCAGAUCCGCCUGAAGGCUGCGGAGCAGCGCCAGACCAUCCUGGAGUCCAUCACGACGGCCGGAGCCCUGUUUGGGGAAGGAUUUCGUGCCUUCGUGACAGACUGGGACAGAGUGACAGCCACGGUGGCUGGGCUGACGUUGCUGGCCGUCGGGGUCUAUUCUGCCAAGAACGCCACGGCGGUCGCCGGCCGGUUCCUGGAGGCCCGGCUGGGCAAGCCCUCCCUGGUGAGGGAAACCUCCCGCAUCUCGGUGCUGGAGGCGCUGAGGCACCCCAUGCAGGUCAGCAGGCGGCUCCUCAGCAGGCCUCAGGACGCGCUGGAGGGCGUGGUCCUCAGCCCCAGCCUGGAGGCGCGGGUACGGGACAUCGCUAUAGCAACAAGGAACACCAAGAAGAACAAGAGUCUGUACAGGAACCUUCUGAUGUACGGACCCCCGGGCACUGGCAAGACGCUGUUUGCCAAGAAACUCGCUCUGCACUCGGGCAUGGACUACGCCAUUAUGACAGGCGGGGACGUGGCCCCCAUGGGGCGGGAAGGUGUGACCGCCAUGCACAAGGUCUUCGACUGGGCCAGCACCAGCCGGCGAGGCCUCCUGCUCUUCGUGGACGAAGCAGACGCCUUCCUCAGGCGGCGAGCGACCGAGAAGAUAAGUGAGGACCUCCGGGCGACGCUGAACGCCUUCCUGCAUAGGACAGGCCAGCACAGCAGCAAGUUCAUGCUGGUCCUGGCCAGCAACCAGCCCGAGCAGUUCGACUGGGCCGUCAACGACCGCAUCGACGAGAUGGUCAGCUUCGGCCUGCCGCAGCGGGAGGAGCGGGAGCGCCUGGUGAGAAUGUAUUUUGACAAGUAUGUUCUUAAGCCGGCCACGGAAGGAAAGCAGCGUUUGAAGCUGGCCCAGUUUGACUACGGGAGGAAGUGCUCGGAGAUCGCCCGGCUGACAGAGGGCAUGUCCGGCCGCGAGAUCGCCCAGCUCGCAGUGGCGUGGCAGGCCAUGGCCUACGCCUCCGAGGACGGGGUCCUCACUGAGGCCAUGAUGGACGCCCGCGUGCAGGACGCGCUGCAGCAGCACCAGCAGAAGAUGCAGUGGCUGGCAGCCGAGGGGCCCAGGCCGGAGGGCAGCCAGCGCCAGCUCCCCUGAGCCCACCCUGGACAGGCGCCCGCCCUGCCCACCGCGGCAUCUUGCCAACGUUCAUCGGCGGCUGGGGCUGCGCGGAAGGCCUCUGCGGCUGGCCGGGCGGUGGCUCCUCCGCCCCGGACACUCCUGGGAGGUGUCUUCACCCAGGCUUAGGGGAGAGCGGGACAGCGCCCCCCCAGGGCCAGCCCAAGCUGCCAGCCUCAGGAGGGGGCCUGGCCAGGUCCUUGCCCUCGGCUCCCCCGGAGAGCCAGGCACUGCAGGGCCCGCGGGGCAGACGGAGGAGGAGGCCCGGCGCCCCAGCCCACCCGGCAGUGGGUGUCUGAGGCCAGACCUGGCCAACCAGUGACACCCCGUGAUUGGGGCUGGGGCCUUUUAUCCAGAAUGGAAUAAAAUCUCUGACGCGACA